AUGCCAAUAAGAACAAGUCAAAAUGUUGUUGCAAUACCACAUAUCGACAUCGUACUACUAAUUGUUGGUACAAGAGGUGAUGUUCAACCAUUCAUUGCUCUUGGUCAGGUACUUUUAGCAGCUGGUCAUCGUAUUCGUUUAGCUACACAUGAAACAUUUCGUAAAUUUGUUCGUGGAAAUGGUCUAGAAUUUUUUCCAUUAGCUGGUGAUCCAGCUGAAUUAAUGUCUUUUAUGGUGAAAAAUUCAGGUAUUAUUCCUUCCGUAAGUAGUAUUGCUGCAGGUGAUCUAAUAAAAAGUCGUAGUAUUUUAACGGAAAUUCUUGCUUCAACAUGGCGUGCUUGCACUGUUGAAGAUGAUGAAACAGGACGAUCAUUUACAGCUGAAGCUAUUAUUGCUAAUCCACCAUCAUUUGGUCAUAUACAUUGUGCACAAAAAUUACAAAUUCCUCUACAUAUUAUGUUUACAAUGCCAUGGUCACCAACAACUGCUUUUCCACAUCCGUUAGUUAAUGUUGAUUAUUCGAAAGCAUCUACAGAAAAAGUUAAUAUGUUAUCCUAUAGUGCUAUCGAAAUGUUUACUUGGUCGAGUAUGCGUGAUAUUGUGAAUGAUUUUCGUAAUGAAACAUUAGGUUUACCAGCAUUACAUACACGUCAAGCAACAUAUAUGAUGAUUGAUGAACGUGUACCUUAUACAUAUUGUUGGUCACCAUCACUAGUUCCUAAACCCGAUGAUUGGGCAUCACAUAUUAAUGUAUCAGGAUUUUUCUUUCUUGAUCAUGAUGCUACUGCUGAUACAAAACAACCUGAUGAUCUAGUGGAAUUUCUUGGCCUUAAUAAUAAUCAUUAUCAUCAUAAAGAAUCAUUAUCACCAAUAAUCUAUAUUGGUUUUGGUUCCAUAACAGGACAUGAUUCUGAACGUAUUCUUCAAGUCAUACUUGAAGCACUUAAGAAAACUGGCUACCGUGCCGUAUUAUCUGGUCUUGCUAAAGAUGAUGAUAAAUUACCGAAAAAUGUCUUGAAAAUUGGUAAUGUUUCACAUGAUUGGCUUUUUCCACACGGCUCGGAUGAUAAAUUUAAUUUCACAGAGAUUUGUGCUAACAGCUUUCUAUUCUUAGUAUCAGCUGUAUGUCAUCAUGGUGGAGCAGGUACAACUGCUGCUGGUCUUCGUGCAGGUAAACCAACUAUUAUUGUACCGUUUUUUGGUGAUCAAUUCUUUUGGGGUAAUGUUAUUGAAAAGAAUGGUGUUGGUCCUCGUGCAUUACCAGGAAAAAAUCUAACUGCUGAUGAUUUAGCUGAAGCUUUUGAAUUUGUUCAUGAACCAAAAGUUCGAGAUGCUGCUGAACGUAUACGUGAUGCUAUAUUAAAAGAAAAUGGAUGUGAUGAAGCACUACAUGCAUUUCAUACUAAUUUACCUGUAUCACAAAUGCGAAGUGAUCUUGAAUCAACUUAUACAGCAUGUUAUCGAUUAGAAAAAUUUCAUUUACAAAUAUCACGACGUGUUGCUCAAGUACUUGUUAUAUCAGGCCGUAUUAAACCAACACAAUUAUAUAUUCAUUCAACUCGUUAUUGGCCUUCAAUGUUUGAUAAUCGUAUUCAUCUACCAUUUCAUGGUAUUUUAAAACAUACACAAAAAGCUGUUGUACAAAUAUGUUCUGAUAUAACUACUGGUUUUAAACAAGCCAUACAUUCUGAUACAUGGACAAAGAGUACAUAUAAUGUUGUCGAAGGUGUUCUUCUAGGCUUGAGUAAAGGUAUUGGUCAUUUAAGUAUAGGUUGUUUAUCUCUAUUUGGAGAAUUGACGGAUGUAUUGGACGCUGCUCCAUCAUAUUAUGAUCCUUACAAUGAAUCUUCUUAUCGUUCACGACCAUAUGUGGUUGAUUUCGAUAGUGGUAUUAAUGCAGCUAUUCUCGCUCUUAUUCAUGGUUGGAAAGGUGGUAUUACAGAUAUUGUCAAUACACCACGUAUUGGUUAUGAAUGUCAUGGAGAAUUAGGUCGUAUUGCUGGAUUAAUAGUAGGUAUUACGAAUGGUUUAUUCAAACCUGCUGUUGGAACUCUAUCAUCAUUGACUUGGUUUUGUCGUGGUAUUUAUGCUAAUAUAAGGAACGAAACAUUAAUCAAUAAAGGACUCGAAACAUAUUCUGUUAAUACACUUGGUCUUGGUUCAUUAUCAUCAACUAUUUCUAAUGACAAAACAAAACAACAUUACAAUAAUGAUAUUAAACAAGCUGCUAAAACUGCAUCGACUAUAACAGGUUUUUCACCUGACAUAUGUCAACAGAUUAUAACUGAAUUUGAUAAUAUUAAAAAUCAAGAUGUUGAUUAUCGUUCAUAUAAGCAUAAGUCACGAUAA